UUCAUGACCUUUGAGGAUGUUGCCAUCUUUUUCUUCAGGGAAGAGUGGAGGCUCCUGGAUGAGGCUCAGAGGCAGCUGUACCUUGGUGUGAUGCUGGAGAGCUUUGCACUUGUAACUUCACUGGAUUACUGGCUAGGAAUGGAGAACGGGAAGCUACCUUUUGAUCAAAUUUCUGCAGAAGGACUCUCACUGGUUAGGAUUCCAAAAGCAAGUUCAGCUAACCAGGAGUCUAACCCAUGUGACGUAUACGUGCCAGUCUUGAAAGGCAUUUUGCACCUGGUCGAUCAACUUAGGCAGAAAUCAUGUUUGAUCCAUAUGUGUUCCCAUCUUCCUCAGGAUGGGAAUUAUCCCAGCUCAGAAAAUGCCUCGAAAACAGACUCAUAUAUGACGUCACAGGCGAAGGACUGUAGCAUCGGUGUGCCACAGAAGCCCUCUGCAGAGGUUGGAAAGAACCUCCCAGCUGCAUUGGACCUUCUCCCUCCACAGACCACUUCCAUUUGUGAACAGCCAAACCUAAUCACCGCGUGUGGAGAGGGCUUUCAAACUAAAGUAAGGUGUUCCAAGCAGGGUGUAUGCAGAGAAGCUUUGAGCUGUAAACACACCCGGGAUCACCACCCCAAGAGCCAAUGUUGGACAAAGACUUUCCGAAUCUGCCAAAUGUAG